AUGGUCCGUGACAUAUCACGCAAACCACUUUAUUUGGUUGUCUUUACGGGCCUUUUGUUGUUGUACUUGACAUGUUACACUUACCUUCAAAGUGACUUACGAGGGCCUGAUCGUCCCGAAUGUAGAGUUGUCUACAUGUAUCCGUCAUAUGCCCGCAUCAGGUCCUUUGAUGAAUCCCACACAAAAUACGCCAGCAAGUUUUCCUUGUACUUGUAUCGAGAGCAAGGAUUGGAUACCAUUCCAGAAGACGAAAAGGAAGGCUUUGAAGCUUUGGAUGGCAUUCCAGCCUUGUUCAUUCCUGGAAAUGCGGGAUCUUACCGCCAGGUUCGGUCCAUUGCUGCAGAAGUCUCGAACUUGUAUUUUGACGAGAACAUUAAUGUUGUCAAUAACCCCAAUAUGAAGAAUUAUGAUUUUUUUGGAGCUGAUUUUAACGAAGAUUAUACGGCCUUUCAUGGCAGAACUCUUAUUGACCAAGCUGAGUAUUUGAAUGAAGCGAUCUCAUUUAUUCUACUGUUAUACGCAAACAACCCUAAUCCUCCAACGUCGGUUUUAAUUUUGGCACAUUCCAUGGGUGGAAUAGUGGCUCGUGUUUUACCCACAUUACCUAACUACGUUCCAGGAUCGAUAAACACAAUCGUGACAUUAUCAUCGCCGCAUUCCGCCGCCCCAUUAACUUUCGAUGGAGACAUAUUAAAGGUGUACCUGGCCGUGGACAGAUUUUGGUACGAGGCCUUCGACAACAACUCUGUCCUGACUUCCGCUCGGGAUCGCUUGCAAGAUGUGUCUUUAGUGUCGAUUACUGGUGGUGCUCUGGACUCUAUUCUUCCUGCUGACUACACCACAUUGGGAUUCCUUGUACCACCAUCAAAUGGGUUUACCGUGUUCACUAGUGGUAUCCCUCAUGUAUGGACACCAAUGGAUCAUUUAGCAAUUGUGUGGUGCCGCCAGUUGCGGCGGCAGGUCCUGAAGUUGCUUUUGGAUAUUGCUGAUGUGACAUCUCCUCAGAGAACAUACCCGUUAGAGAAAAGGAUGGCCAUCAUGAAAAAGCACCUAUUGUCUGGAUUUGAGAGCUAUUCUGGAAAAAAUAGACUCUUCUUAAAACCCGAUGACAGACUGUUUGAAGUUCAAUUUGACACAGAAGAUUCAAGAAAACACGCAGAUUUUAAUGCCAUGUGGAGUGCGCAGAGAUCUACUGAAAAGGUUCAUAUCUUCCCAUUAUCUUCAGACUCAGUUAUUCAGAUUUUGAGUGAAUCAAAGUUGAAUCCAGUGAAUGUUGGCGAAGAACUAUCCUCUGCAGCAAUUUUCCUUUGUACGAACGCAGGAAAUGGCACAAACAAAUUGAACGUGUCAACUUCGGAAUCACCCUCCACAUUGCAUUGCUUUGACUUGUCAGAUAAAUUGAAUCCAAUCCCUCGAUCGAAUGAUGAGGCUAUUUUUCUCCUGGACUCAUCAUUUGACGGAGAAUUGUCUCCCUUCUAUGCUCUUACAUUGGGUCCAGAGGACUUGAGUCUUUUUGACCUGUUGCUAGUAAUUAAGGACCAAAGCUUAAAUCAGUUGGUUAUCCAACUGAGCAACCUACAAAGCUGCUCUUACGAAAUUGGUGGGGAUUUGCUGUCACUAGUUUGGCGAGGUGCAAAAAUUACAAUCCCUAGUGGUCGGCCAAUGGCUAUAAAUUUGAACUUCCCGGGAGCUUGGAGUAGUGUUUUGGCAUACAAAAUAACUUAUUCCGGAUUUGAGAGAUCAAAUGCCAGCUGGUUUAACCCAUUUAUUCGCCAAUGGAGAGACUGGCCAUUUGAAACUAAGUGGUAUAUCAAUGCAGACAAAAGCAAUCAAGCAGUCAUAACCAUCCAUGGCAUUGCACCUUUCACCCCUUUUAUGAAGAAAAAUGAUUCGAGAGGGCUCAAUUUAGAAAUUUGGGCUAACCCGUUCCCUACUUCGCAUGAGGAAUCUCUUCAUAUUUCGCUAAACAUAGAUUGGUUGCAGAGCUUGAAGCUUUUAGUCUUACGUUACCGCCUUGCAGUGGUAUCCCAAUGUUUUGCUGUCACUCUAGCUGUUUUGCUAUUUCAAAUUCUUGCCUUCCAAGCAAGUGGAAGAUUCCCAGAUUACAAUUACGGUUUACAGAAGCUUUGUGACAGACGUCAUCUUGUUCCAUUGUUUCUAAUUCUUCUCGGCUUGACACCCGUCACACGAAUUCCAUCUGUACAAGCUUUCCUUAACAUGAUAGAUCCCGUUGUUCUCCAGGAUCAAAAUGAGAUUAAUUUCAGUUUGCAUCAAGAGUUUAAUCUCAACUCAUUCUUCUUGGGCUUAGAAGAAGUCUCUCUUUCAUUUUUUGGGUGUGUCUUCUUUUUGAUGGCUGUCUCCCUCAACUUCAUCAUUUACAACAUCUUGUCUUUACUUCAAAGGAUAAUUUCUCAUAUUGUACCGUUUGCCCCAAAGCCUGAAGAGAUCAAAGACAACGAAAUUGCUAAGCUAUCUUCAUCAGUGGUCAGAAGACUCAUUGGUACGGCAAUAGUCUUGGUAUUAGUUCCCAUAUACUUACCCUAUCAAUUUGCUUUCAUGGUGAGUUUUGUGAUUCAAGUGAUCACAACCCUCAAAGUUCUGUUGGCAAAGGCACCAAGAUCAACAUGGAAUUACCACAUGAGCGUGCUCAUGGUGAUGUUGACAGUGCUCCCGAUUAACGUUCCUGUUCUUAUUGUGUUUGUUCACAAUCUUAAUAUUAAGUGGGGUACGCCAUUCUCGUCGCAUCACAAUCUUUUGGCUGUUGCACCAAUCCUUAUUUUGGCAGAACUUCACAGUUUCUACCCUAACACAAUACCAUUCUCCACAAAUACCGGUGCAAGAGCAUCAAAGACAGAGAAGUUCAGCUCUAAGAUAACAUUGGGACUUCUUCUAUACACUGCUGCAUAUGGUGUGAUAUAUGGAUGCCGUCAUACAUAUUGGCUACACCACUUGUUUAACUUUUGGUGCAGAGGGGAAUACUAUAUUGUUGGUAAACAUCCUUGCACAUGA